UACAGUUAGCAGCAAACCCGAAAACCAAAAGAAACACGACCGAUUGAGGUGGUGGAUUGUGCCCCAAGCCAUGGCAAUUUUAAUGUUCUUCUCCUUCUCUGCAAACGCCACUCGCAAUCGCAAAAUCCAAAACCUAUUACCAUUACCAUGUCGAUCUUCGAGUACAAUGGGAGUGCCCUAAUAGCCAUGGUAGGGAAGAACUGCUUCGCCAUUGCUAGCGAUCGGAGGCUUGGAGUUCAGCUCCAAACGGUAGCUACCGACUUUCAGAGGAUUUACAAAAUCCACGAUAAGCUUUUCAUCGGCCUCUCCGGUCUCGCCACCGAUGCUCAGACUUUGUAUCAGAGGCUGGUAUUUAGACACAAGCUGUAUCAGCUUCGAGAAGAGAGGGAUAUAAAGCCUGAGACUUUUGCCAACCUUGUCUCUGCUAUUCUUUACGAGAAAAGGUUUGGGCCAUACUUCUGUCAGCCUGUAAUUGCUGGAUUGAGUGAUGGGGACAAGCCAUUCAUUUGUACAAUGGAUUCAAUUGGAGCAAAGGAACUGGCGAAAGAUUUCGUGGUUGCUGGAACUGCAUCAGAGUCUCUUUAUGGUGCUUGUGAGGCGAUGUUCAAGCCUGAUAUGGAAUCUGAAGAAUUAUUUGAGACUGUUUCCCAAGCACUGCUAUCAUCAGUUGAUCGAGACUGUUUGAGCGGAUGGGGAGGCCAUGUCUACGUUGUAACACCCACUGAAGUGAAAGAGAGGAUCUUGAAGGGAAGAAUGGAUUGAUCGUUUGGUGCAUGGUGAUAAGUCGCCCUUGGUCUUUUGUUUUUUUUUUUUUUGGGAUAUUUAUAAGGGGCCCUUGUUGUGUAAUAGUGAAAUUUUAACAUAUUAUGGUGAAUUAAAAGAUUGGAUUAACUUUACUUGUGCUUAUUGUUGAGGAAAAAUUAUUAGAAUUUGAACAUGCUUUUUGAGUUUA